GAAAAAUUACAAAAAUGUUUCUAGCUACAUUACCACGUUUUGUGGCAUGCAGUUCUGGAAAGAACAUCCUUCUAUCAGCCAACGGAAAAAACAUUUACGGUUUAGGCGUUUGCAACAGUGGGUUACGAAAAAACGGAGACUCCAACUGUGAAAAUAAUGAUGGAGACAAUAAUAAACCACCCCGGCAUCUAUGCCCUGACUGCAACCCCUCCGCUCCUACUGUUUAUGAUUGUCGAAAGUAUGGGCAUAAUUUACCAUGUGACAGUGUCAUGCCUUACUUUGAAACAUUACCUUACUUCCCAACCGGUAUAUUCCGCUGCACAGCUGGAGAGGUUCUCGGCUUAGGAGCUGCAAAAUGCGGGUGUUACAAAAAUCCUGAAUAUUUUUCAUUUCACCAUAUGAGCUUUUAUGAUAUGCAUAUGCUGCUAAGGUGCUAUCGGCAACCAUCACCUAAAACUGGAAGAAAAAAAUAAUGGAACAUAGUAAUAUUACAUACCUAUUAUGUUAUAAUUUGGUAAACUAAAUAU